AUGGCAUCGCAGUAUCCGGAGUACAAGAGGCGCCCGCCGCCAAUUGAGAUCCCACGAGCUGUACCAGGACCGAAUGCUUUCGCAAUUGCGGCAAAGCAGGACGCGUCGGACAGGCGGCGAGAAGAUAAACCAUCGCAGAGACAAUCCCCCACGCGCUCUAGCGACAAUACCCCAUUUCCUUUCCCGCUGCGCGAUGGCAGUGGCGAUGCCACGCGCCUGCCUCCCAAAUCCCGCAGCUCUGCCAUCACCACGUUUGCCAGCCUCAUGGACCAGGCUCGUGGCUCAUCGCCGCGCAAGUCGGAGCAUAGCUCGACUGUAAGCCGGCACGGCUCGACGACUCGCUCGAGACAUUCAGAGCGUAGCUAUCUGAGCGCCGCUUCAAGAAAGGGCCAGCUUGGGGGCCUGGGCGAGGAAAACAAGACCUCGAGGGGCGAGCUGGAGGCGCAGUCGGAGAGGAAGUUCUUCAAGAUGAUGGGCCAGAUUCCCCAGACGCCGGCUAAUCCUCAAUCUCAGUCUCCAGAGAGGCGCGUCAUAACCAACGACAUGAGAGACAGGAGCAGAGAUUCGGAAGCAAGCAGGUCAGAGCGGGAGGAACCAAUGAACAAGAGCCCGAGGAAGAAAUUUUUCGGCAUGAGCUUUCCAACCUUUAAGUCAUCAGCUAACGCGUCUACACCGCCUAUGCCGUCCAAAGCUGCGCAGAUACUCGGAUCAAGCCCACCAAAGACUCGCCGAUUCUCCCCUCGCCCAUCCAAGUCUGGGGGGGAUUUUGCAGCACCUCGCUCCGACACGGCCAAGUCACUCCCGGCGAAGCUGUACAACCAACACACCCACAACCGCCGUCCGAACCACGGCGGGCCCUCCCGGUCAAGGGUCCGUGCCUCCAGUCGAAGGUCUCCUCCACGAGAAUUGCAGUCAUCUAGCGUCAACGUGGGUGGCAGCUUAGAGGAGUCAUCCUCUGAGCAGGCCAAGCCACCGACUCCACCGGAGAAGGACACCCCGCCAGAGGGCAGGAUGCUAUCCGAGGGCAUUCCGCUCAGUUGGUAUCUUCGCGGGCCACAAUCUCCAGAGGGACCCGAAGAACACGAGGACCUGGUCGAUACUGGAAUGAAGCUGCACGUUCCUAGCGUCCAGAAGUUGGAUCCCAUUCCAUCUGGAGGUGGCGAGAGCCCUACAAAAUUCUGUCCAUUCGACGCGGAAGAUCACGCAAAGCUCAUCGAAGGCCAGCGCGUCUUCUCUGCCUAUGGUGAAGUUGACUACGUAACAGAUGAGCAGGAUCGGAAUGUUGGUGCUCCCUUGGAGACUGGGGGCCUAGAUGUGGCUCAGACACCUGAACCAAAACGCUGGAGCGAGGACCGCCACAUUCAACGCACCCCGCUCAGCACUCGUCUCAGGAGCAGCCCUGUUCAGCUCCUUCAGCCGACUGUCUAUAAGCCCAUGAAGUCUCCCGUCCGCGCUGUUGAUGACGAGUCGUCCAGAAAGACCGCCGAGGACGUCGCGGUUUUCGUAUUUCCUCCGAAAUCAAGGCCCAUCAAUUCGCCCGAGAAUCCAUCGCGAGGCUCAAUCGGUGUGAUAUUCCAGGGUAGUGCGACCGAGAUCGAUCCGGACUCCAAAGUAGCACAGAAGAUCAACGCUCGUCUCGGAGAGGCAUCCAGACUGCCGAAUGACCCUGGCCUCGCAACGCAGGUCACGCAGGAGCUUCGAUGUGAUGAGCAACAGGCACUUUACACGCAGAACGGUCAACAAAGCUAUCUCCAGCCCGAGCAAUCUUCAUCACGGCUUACGGACAUGCUGAGUGGUGUGAGCCCCUCCAGAGUCGACUUCACCAACGAAUUCCAGCCGAACUGCCCAAGCGCUGUUCCCAGCCCGUUGAAUCGGGAACCCGGCCAACAUCACCCAAUGACGUUGGAGAUGGACGCGCAAGGCGCUUUGGGAGAUCUUCAGGUUCCUCAAGCUCUGGCAAACCACUUCUACAUGACGAACGAGCACGUGGAUAUCGCCUGCAAAGCCAUCUGGGACUCUAUCAAAGAGCGAGGAAAUUUGCAAACGGAGCAGACGAGGGCAUUCUCAUCCAAGCAGGAGCAGCUCAGUUUGCUAGUCGAACAGCAAUUUGAGGAUAUCAAGUUGCAGAUCGAGAAGCUCAGUGAGAAAGCCGACCACACCUACGAUCAGAACCACAACAUCAAUGUGCAGCUAGAUAAAUUGCUGGAGUUCAUCAAAGCCGAAAUUGUCGCUCCUUUGACGAGCCAGAGCAAGAAGGUGACAGCCAUGGAGCAGAGCAUCGAGGAGCUGCAGAAGGCAUUUCAGGAGCUACGGCAGUCAGAGCAGAAGAAAACCUUAGCGGUCGGUCAGCCGUCUCCGCAACGUUCUCAGCCCACGUUCGCUCUCCCAAACCAGCGGUCUCAGCCUUCGUUUCCUGGCUUUUACGACUCGAGUGACGCCGGUCGGGAUUCCGCCACCCGCAUGACUCCAGCACAGUCCGAAAUGCGGCGCUAUGGGGACCAGCACUGGGCUCGCCCUACACACGGCCAGUACAGCCAGCACAGCAGGGAUGCCAACCACCCUUUCUCCGCCACCAAUCCGUACAACAACGGUGUCGCACAGCUCGGUCAUGGCUUCAUGGGCGGAUUCCCUCCGUACGGCUACUCUCCCAACACGCCGGAGCAGCACUACCCUUUCAACCAGGGGCCGCACAAAUGA